AUGAUAUUUUUACGAAAGCUACUGUCGACCGGCAAUCGGUCGCACCAGCAAUUUGCUGUUGAUAUGUGGUGCACGUGGCUAAAUCAUCGUCUGCCUUUCAGUGAGCAGCAAGAGGAGGAGAUUGUGUCUGCUCUCAAGAACAGCAUGACAGCUUGUCACGAUAUCCAGGCUUGGUCAUUUGGUCGAUUGGAGCAAAUAUUCCAGUCUCAUGGGAAGAGCUUCAUCGGUUCCUAUCCCAAGAGGUUGGCAAACGAGUACGACGACGAGGAUUCAGGUCUACAGCGGUUUCGAUUUGACUCGCUUGAUUCGUUCUAUCAGCAGAACUCUGGUGUGGAUGGAGCAGCGUCGAUAGGCCUGAUAUUCCAGAAGGUUCUUUCGUGUUUAAUUGGAUUCGAAAAAGCUGCAACCCGAUCGAAGGUAUCGUCCGAGGGGGUUCCGAUCGAGGGCCUCGGCGAGAAAGAUGGUGAUAUCAAGCAGUGGCUCGUCGACUUGGCGUCCAACUGGAAAUACUUCUUCCACUGGAUUUGCCAGGACUCCAACGACUUGUUGAACCAGUCAGCGCAAGGCAGAGCCUGUGGGAAGAGUGCGUGGUGGAAGCUCAUAGCCCGCAUCUACAUUGGGUGUGCAGUUUGCAAUGUUGCGAUUGAAAUGCUUAUGCAGCAGCAAGGUAUUUCGGUUUGGUCGUUGAUGGAAGUGGAGUUCAGCUUGCACCGGAUGAUUCAGAAGCUUGCUGCUCAGUACACAAAUGAAAUGGAGACGAGCCUCUCGAAGGAGCACGUCAAGGCCGUAACGUUCGGGCUUCACCGAGUGCUGCAGCCUGAAAAGCUCCAAAUUCUGACCGCCAUCAAGUCUACCCUACUGGAGAGCGCUGGGGCGAACGUACCUGCAGUUGAUAGACCCAGCGGGAUGUCAUUUGACGCGGUUCUUUUCACGUUGGACUCGUGCUGUAGCACUCUUGGAGACGAAGGUGUGUACGGCUCGUGUUUAUCUCGGGGCAGCAACGCUGGUGGACUAAGCGAAGCAGGUUCCAUUCUUGAAGUGUUGCUGAGUGUUUUCCUCAAUGUUCGUGAUCGCGUGUUGACAGCCCCGGAUCUCGCCAAUGACAACCAGGACGAUCAGUCAACUUGCAGGUCCCAGUUUUCAGUGUUUGCCGAUUCAAUUUCCGUGAAACUCCCUGUAUCAGCUCGGCAUCUGGUAGCGCCGGCGAAAACUGCGAAGGCGGUCGUGUUGCUGGACGCAAAAAGUGGAGAGGAGAUGCUGGAGCAUGUCUGCGCAGCGAUUGGACGGACACUGGAGAUGAUGAUGAAAAGCACGAGUACCAGUAGCUGCAAUUUUGUACGGCUAUCGCACUACUUUCUGGGUGACGUGAAGAAGUGCGUUCAGCUGGAUGGGUUUACGAAACUAGGCAAUGCGGUCUCCUCACGUUGGUGUGCUCUCUCCUCCCUCGCCUUUGACAUCUUGUGCGACAACGUCGUGUACAACCCGCGACUGCUUCGACUUCUGUUGAGCAUUUGCCUCCCGACUCACCUCGCGCUCCGUGUCGAUACGUUUAAGAAGCGAGACAGGAAGGGAACUUCAGUGCGCCGGAAGCGUCUCCGACAAGGAUUUGAUGCCAGGUCUCCCUACGGCUUGAAAGUGGAUUCUGACUCGGACUCGAGCGCCAGCCACUCGUCCGAUUCCGAUGAUUCUGUCAGGUCAAACGAUUCCAAUCGUAUUCCGCACCUCCAGUCGCAGGCUAGCCAAAGUAUCGCGAUCCUGGCCGUGUUAACUGUGCUCGAACAAUCCCAGUCCACGCUACUCAGUGCCAUCACCGCCAAGAGCAGCGCGCGCGAGAUCUGCACGGUUCUCCAUCACCAGGAGAUUCUGAGUUACGUCCGCAUUCACGAGCUGGUCAACCAGGCACUUUGCGACAGUCGUGAUUUUUCUUGGGGGACCCGGAAAGUGUUGCUGAAAGUGCUUCAUAUGAUCGAACUUGGACUGCGAAUCGGCAAAGCAAGUGGCGCGUUGCGAAGAGUGAGUGGUCUUGAUGCUGAUCUCCCGCCCGACACGGUGAUCUGCAUCUAUGAAUCCUCAGUGAUGUCCGCCUUGAAGUCUCGUACGUGGGUCGACGGAAUUAAGGACGCCAGUCAAGAUUCGGGGACGAAAACCAAGGUACGUUUUGUAGCAUUUGGAGGCGUUGCUGCACUGAAAUUAAGCCGACUAAUUGUUUGUUUUCGAUGUUUAAACCCAGGUGUCUGCAACUUUACUCAAGAUGGAUAUAUUUUUCCUGCAAGUUCCGGGGACCGCGCAGUCAUGGCUGAAGGAGGUACGCAGGACCCUGUUUGA